UUCGUCUCUUUUUUUUCAGAAAGAGUGACGAAUUGAAAAAAAAGUAAAGUCCAUGACUAUAAAAAUUGAAAUGGGUAAAAUUUUGAAAAUGCCGAUGGCUGCUUAUGCUCCUGUGGUUCGCCGCAAUAUGAGAAGAACAGCCAGCAUGAGACAACAACAACAACAACUACUCCAACAAAAUUUGCAAGAAAUCCCGCUUCUUCCUGCACCUUCUUUACAGCAAAACUACCCGGCGAUUCUGAAUCCUGUUCAAGAUGCUGCUUCCCCGGCAUUAUUCAACCCCACUCCCCAGCAGGAAUCAUCAACACACGGAAAUUUGAAUAAUGAGGCCACACAUUUGCAUCAACUGGUGAAUGCGCCUGUGAUGAUGCCGGAAGCCAGGGACGUCAUGACGGUUUUGACAGGAUCCCAAUUUCCGGUUCCUCUGCACAGUGAAACGUAUUUGUCGCCUGGAUUAUUGGGGAAUGAUGUGGGGAGGAUGAGUGAUGAUGCAGUUUUUGGCGCGGAAAGUGGUGUUGGGGGUUCGGGGGGUAUGAGUGAGAAUAAUGGGGUGCAACUGUUUGGCGAGGCUUCUGGUUCGAGUCUGGCAGGGGUUCCUCAUUUCAUCAAGACAGAGGUGCCAGAGCAGAACCCAGCACAGCUCUUUGAUGUUCAAGUGGACUCUCCUGAAUUGGACACCAAACAAAGCACUUACCGGUGGUUUGCGGAGAAGAAUCAGUUGUACACGGAUUGGAAUUCCGUGGUACCCAUGAAGGUCAGCGUUCCGGACGCUGAAAACUCGUACGUUUUGUGUGCUAAACUCGUUUUUGCCGACGACGAAAACGCCUUUGUUCCCAUGUGCGUCAACUGCUCUCAACAAAAAUCAGACGCCGAGUACGUUUGCGAAGGUCGAGGAGGAAGUGGAUCCAUGGCGACGUCGACGAGGAGGUUCGUGAAGCAAAAGUUGGCCAUACCCGAGCCGGGUUCCACCUGCACCCGAUUCACCAUGAAGCUGACGUGUCGGAAUUCCUGCCUGGCCUCCGAGUCCAAGAAACGGGAGCGAAUGAUUGUGUUUCAAUUGUACAACGAGUCGGCGUCGUCGGUGGUGUUGAGCGAGUUGAGGAUGCUGGUGAGGGUUUGCGCAUCGCCGAGGCGGGAUUACGAGAGCGACCGGAACAAGUGGGAAGCAGCCGGAAUAAGGACGGGGAAUAAGCGGAAGUUUGAGAGUGGUUCCGACGAAAUUCCUGCAGACAAGAAAAAUAAAAAGAAGAAAUCGUGUGAAGCUGAGCCAGUGGCAGAAAGCAAAUCAGUUGAAGAUUUCUUGUCGGAGUUGAAAUCAAAAGAACGACCUUCUGUCUUAUUUCCGGCUACGCUGUCAAAACAAGAGGUGGAUUUGUACUUGGAAGUUGCUGACUCUCUUCAUUUGGCCAAGUUUGUGAAGGAAUGUUAUCCCCAUGUUUUCAAGGAAUUUGAAACAAGAAUGAAGCCCAUUUUUAAAAUCAGAAACUUGAAGGACCGGGUUGAGUGAAGAUUUCAAAGGGAAAAUAUUUUCUGCAUUAUUGAGAUGAUGGUGUAUUUUGUAGCUUUUUUUUUUUGAUGAUCAGUUUCUUGGUAUUUCUUUCCCACUGUCUCAUUGAUGUGGGCAGUUUGGAAGUGAAGUUUUGUUUCAUUUUUGUGAGAAAAAAAAUGCUGCGAUUUUUGAGUGCCUAUGCUUUUGUGGAUGAGUGCUGGGACAAAAAAAAAAAGAACA